AAUAGCACGAUGGGGGAUAGCAUCAGAUCUUCAAUAUGAGCUCCACUCGACCAAGGCUAAAGCUUAUGAGGCCCAUAUUCAUACCACGGAUGAACCAUUCUGGAUCUUCCUUACUCUAUUCUUUCCAAUUUCACCGACUUUGUCCUUCGGAGUGCCCGUGCUUCUCCCGUUGGCCGACAUGGACGAUCCAUCUUCCCAAGGGACGUAAAGAAACAUAAAUUCUACCGUUCCCACACUCCGAUUCUCCUUUACACAUCUCCCAAUCCAAAAGUUAAUUAUAUUGUUUCAUUGAAUUUGCUUCCAAACACAUUUCAAGUCUCUCUCGCCUUGCACUCUAGACUUGUACCACUUGCCAUACAUGCUCAAAGUUAACCGUAACAAUGGACGUUCAGGGCUCUGGAAGAGAAUACUGGGAAAGUUCACCAUGUAUGGACAUGCACGAGUCCUCUCCUCUCGCAUCCAUAGCUUAUCGUCCUGCUAAAUCGACCGGUUUGGACACUGAGUACAAUGGACAUGGGCAACCUCCCGCUGUCUGUGUCUCCGACAGCCCCCUAGGAUGUGAUAUGAGGCCGAAUCAGGGAAUACUUACUCCCGUCGAGGAACCCCCUGUGGAUACGGAAUUCUCUCAGGUGGAUCUCAACGAAUGGUACCCUCGGUACUGGGCUUGCAUGCAAUACUUCCUCGACCAAGGACAACACUCAUCUAAUGUGCAGUCGUUAGCUGCUUUCGUCAACAUCCGGCUUCCAUACCAGCGAUUUUCUACGCCAGUCACUCGAUUUUCAAUGCCCCAACCCAUGAACCCUGGUGUGGAAGAAGCCCAGAAUGGCCCUUCACUUGUACCGUUGAGGCCUUUUAUCCGACGUCUCAUCGUGACUGGGUAUGAUACCCCAUCAGUUUUGCAAGCAUUUUUCGGCAACGAUUGGCAAGCUGGAGUCGGGUGUGUUUGGAAACAGGAACGAAUUAAUUACUUGUUUACUGCCAAGAGUGGAGGGUGGGCAUCGACCAAAGCGGCAUAUGACAUUCUUCCGGAUGAGCAGGCUCCAUUUCUUCAGCCCCUUCGUGAGGCUACUGAGGAGGAGCUACGGAUCGCCGAGUCACGGUGGAGUGAAUGGCUAGCAAUGGAAGAUUGGAUGGUGGGACCGCGUAGCCCAUGGUGACUGGGUCUGAUGAAGCGACGAGCUAUGAACUUGAUGAUAUUUGUCACUCUUUUACUGCUUUCUUUUGUUAUUCCAUCAUAUUUCCCUCUGUCUAUCUUUUUUAUUUAUUUUUUAUUUUUUUAAGGGUUGUUUACAGGUCUAAAAUUCGGACUUAUAUUUAGCGUGUCAAUUUAAUUUAAUUUAGAUUGAUU